UACUUUCUUUUUUAGAUGUUUAGAUGUUUUUUCUUAUGUUAAAUAUAGAUUAAAAAUAUAUAUAUUUUAAGAUAUAGGAUUGUACUUUAAGAUUGGAACAGUAUCAAAAAAUAUAUAUAAAUAAUACAAAUAAAAUAUAUAUUUUAGUUCAAUAAAAAUGUACAAAGAAAACAUUUAUGAGAAUGUACUAGAUAAACAUAAAAUAAACAUAAAUCAAAGAAUAGGAACAUUAAUUUAUACUAAACUGGACAUUUUGACUCAUAAUACAUUAGAUUUGUAAGGUUAAAUAAUUAAUGAGGUUUUCAUGUUUAUUUGUAAUAUCUUUCAAUGUUUAGAGUAUUUGAGUAUCAAAUGUUUUUGAUCUUUAAAGUUAUUAGUUUUCAGUGCAUUAGACUCCAAGUAUUUUGUUUAAAAUGCCUCAUUAAGCUGAGAGGAAGUAAAAUUGGUACUUUGUGUUUUUUGAUGUACAGAAAAAAGGAGGAAGGUGGAAAGGGGAAGGUGAAAAGUUCCUGAAUCUCGAAACUUUCCUCUGAAGUCGUUCAGCUUUUUCAACCACACCAACAAUAUUUUCAACAUAAGCUCCUAAAAAGAAUCUUACUUUUUUCUGUUCCCCAGUUAUUGAUUUAUUUUGGUUAGAAUAAAUACAAAUGAGCUAAAAUGCUAUCAGAGCUAAAUUUCACCAGCACAAUGUUAAACUUCACGACCCCGGUCCCCGGCGGUGGUCAGGGCGGCGGCUGCCCUCCGGUAGGUAUCCAGCUGGAGGGUUUGAUCCUGCCGCCGAUCCUCGCCAGUGACGUCAUACUCGGGCUGCUGGGAAACGUAGUUGCUCUGUGGAUCUUCUGCUUUAAACUGAAGACCUGGAACCCGAACAACCUGUUCCUCUUCAACCUGGUCAUUGCCGAUUUCAUGGUUCUAGUGAGUCUGCCACUGAGGAUCGAUGCCUUGAUCAGGGGCCACUGGGUGUUUGGAGACGGGAUGUGCCGGAUCAACCUCUUCCUGAUGUUUUCCAACCGCUCGGCCAGCAUCGCACUCAUGACUGUGGUGGCAAUUUACCGCUACUUCAAGGUGGUCCACCCUCACCACCGGUUCAACCGUAUGACGAAGCGUCAGGCAGCGUUCGUGUCCGCGUUCGUCUGGCUGCUGGUGAUCAGCCCUCGGGUUCCCAUGCUGGCUUCCAACCACAUCAAGGGCAGCGGCGACCACACCCAGUGCUUCUUCUUCACGUCUUACAAUGAGACGUCGCGGACCCUCAUCGUCCUGGUGGACAUUCACCGGAUCCUGACAGUGCUGGAGUUUAUCAUCCCGAUGGCGAUGCUGCUGUUCUGCUCCAUCCGAAUCUCCAGCUCCCUGAGUGGGCGGCAGAUGGGAAACCCAGACAAGGUGCGUAAGGCGAUGCGAGUGUGUGUCGUCAUCGUCACAGUGUUCAUGGUGUGCUUCCUACCCACCACGGUGACCACCAUCGGGGUGUGGGUCAUCCGCACGUACCGGCCGAGGGACUGCGACUCCUUCUACACCUUCACCCAGCUCAACAUCGCAUCUCUGGGGUUGAACUUCCUGAACUCGGCCCUGGACCCCAUCGUCUACAUGUUCUCCAGCUCCAUGUUCAGGAAGGCCCUCUGCAGCUCGCUGCCCCGCGCCCUGCGCUGCAGGAAGGACAACGGUGAGAACGAGGCGUCCUCGUCGGGAACUCAGUUGACCAACCAGGAGAUACUGAAAUCCAUGAACACGGAGUGAAGCCAUGUAAUGAGCUUCCCCUCGACAGUGUACUUUCCUUCAUUUGUGUAUUUUGCGUUGAUUGUGAUGAAUUCUCAUUAUAGGGAUGAACGUGAAUAUCAACCAUGAGACUGAAAAAAGCUGUCGAGCUCAUUAUAACAGUAGAGAAGUGAAAAAUAGAUUCUAUUAAAAAUAAAUACAGAUUAUCUUGUAAGAAAGAACAAACUCUUUAUGACCUUAUGUUUUAUGAGAACCUAAUUUAAGCCUUUUUGUGUCCUGUGAUGUAUUAAAGAUAUUUGUUACUGAA